UAUCUAUAUAUAUCUGUGGCGCACAACGAUUCCUGGAACUACUACCAGGGCACUCAUCACUCUGCCAUGGCCAUGGCUACAAUCAGUGGCAAGCUCUCUUCGCUACCCCUCUCUCUAUCCGUUGUUGCUGCUUCAUCAUCUUCUUCUAAGGAUGCAAACUCAAACCCAACAAACUCAGUGAAGCUAAGAGAAGACUGGAGGAAAAGGUCCAGACCCAUUCCUCCGGGCGGAACUUAUCCAGCCAAGGACCACUGCAGCCGAUGUGGGUUGUGUGAUUCUUAUUACAUAGCGCACGUGAAGAAUGCUUGUGCUUUCUUAGGAGAUGGUAUGUCCAGAAUUGAAGGCCUAGAAUCUAUGGUCCAUGGCCGGGGUAGAAAAGGAGAUUCUUUGGAUGAGGUUUACUUGGGAGUGUAUGAGGAGAUACUUUAUGCUCGUAAAACUAAGCCAAUUGAAGGAGCUCAGUGGACUGGGAUAGUUACAACAAUUGCAGUUGAAAUGCUAAAAGCAGGCAUGGUAGAAGCUGUCAUUUGUGUGCAAAGUGAUCCACAGGAUAGGCUCAGUCCCAGACCUGUUUUGGCAAGGACACCUGAAGAAGUUAUAGCUGCUAAAGGUGUUAAGCCAACAUUAUCUCCUAACCUGAAUACCCUUGCGUUAGUUGAGGCAGCAGGUGUCAAGCGUCUCCUUUUCUGUGGCGUUGGUUGCCAAGUGCAAGCAUUAAGAUCCGUCGAGCACCAUUUGAAUUUGGAGAAGCUUUAUGUUUUAGGCACAAAUUGUGUGGAUAAUGGAACCCGUGAAGGGCUAGAUAAGUUUCUAAAAGCAGCUAGCAGUGAACCAGAAACAGUUAUGCAUUACGAGUUUAUGCAAGAUUACAAGGUCCACUUGAAGCAUUUAGAUGGCCAUAUUGAAGAGGUUCCCUAUUUCUGUCUGCCAGCAAAUGAGUUAGUAGAUGUUAUUGCACCAUCUUGCUACAGCUGCUUUGACUACACAAAUGCAUUGGCAGAUUUGGUAGUGGGUUACAUGGGUGUGCCAAAAUACAAUGGAAUCAACAUGACACAUCAUCCACAAUAUGUUACCAUCAGAAAUGAACGUGGUAGAGAAAUGCUCAAUCUUGUCAAAGAUCUUUUGGAGAUUACUUCAACAACCAGCAGUGGUGACCGACGUCCUUUUGUUAUGGAGACAGUCAAGGCAGAUGAUAAUGCGAAAUUAGGGAAGGGUCCUUCACAGCCUGCCCCAAAGUUUAUUGGGAACUUAAUAGCAUUUGUGCUAAACUUGAUUGGUCCAAAGGGUCUAGAAUUUGCUCGAUAUUCUCUCGACUACCAUACCAUCCGGAAUUAUCUAUAUACUUAUUGCACAUGGGGAGAACAGAGAGCUAGCAGGCACAUGCCUUCGUAUGCAAAGAAAAUUGUUUCCAUGUACAACAAGAAUGGAGAAAUUGAUCAGAUGCUUUCCAGAAAGUGAUUUUGUCAUGGAAUGUGUCUUAAAUAAAGAGCUGCAUUAUAUCUGAAAUUUUGAAUAUGAUUAUAAAUGUUUGUUUACAAGUGUUCUAUUGAUAAAAAACAUUGUAUGAUCCUACAUGCAGUUGUAACAUUCUAAACAAAGGAAAAAACAUAUCAUAUAUUGUAACAUAAUCCAGGUUUGUUUAAUGAAGGUUUUGGCUAGCUUA